AACUGUACUAAACCAACAGAGGGCAUUAAGGUAGACCUCCUAGUUGGAAUGGAUCGAGGAACACCAGUUUUGCUAUUGUUUAUUUUCUGUGCCGUGGGGCAGGCCCUCACUCCAACGACUUACCUAACCACAGCAGACAAAGACCGUCUCCGGGAUGUCAUUAUUAGAGCACAACCAUUUGCAGACUUAGCAACCAUUCACUAUGCUGUCCUUGGUUCUUCUAUUUUGGGUGUUAAAAUCCCAAAUGCCCAAGAUGUAUGUAAACAGAUAAAAAAUAAAGCAGAUCCUAAAAGUUUGGAGUCGCUGUAUUAUGCUGCAACCACAAGUAAAACAUUAGGAAACUGCCAGCUCUCACUGAGUGGGGCUCGCCAGACCUUGGAAGGGGCAAUCAAAGAUGAAGCAUCUGUUCAAGAUCUCUUUUACGCAGUGCAUGGACUCAAAAAUCUUGGACAUACUGUUGAAUCGGCCAAAGUUUCUAAGAUUAUGACAACUGCUUUGAAGAAGGAUGACAGUGUGUUGAAUCUGGGUUAUGCAUUCCAUGUUGCAUCUCAGCUGCAGGGUGACAUGAAUUCUUUCUUUGAGAGAAUUGAAGAUGUAAUUGUUCAAGCUGACGAGGUUGAUGGAAAGCACUUGCAGUUUGAAGGAGGUCUCAGUAUAACAGCUACGAUCAUGAGUGGCGUGUAUCGUCUAGCAGAUGCUAUUAAGAAAGUUCCCACUGUUACAGGGGAACAAGCUGUGAAAUUCACCAACUACUUCUUGAGUAGAAAAUUUGUACAGACUGCUAAAGGAGCGGCUCAGCUUUUGGAUAUCUUGAAACUACUUACCGUAAACAAAUAUCACAUUCCAGUUGCUGUUACAGUGGCCAGUAACAGUGCUUUGUCUACUGACAACCCAGUAAUUCAGGUCCGAGUGACUAAUGUGUUGGGAGACCCCCUGGGUCCUUUAACUGUUACUGCUGACACUGCUACAAGAUUGGGUGACAGUGCUGUUAUUAUGAGCAAGAAGGCUUUUACACCUGUUCAGGGAGACAACUCUGCCUAUAGCCUGAACUUCAUGGAAAGCAAACCCUUGAGAGGAUUUUACAAGGUUUCAGUCAGUGCUGUACCUGUGAAACCAGAUUCCCGACUUGUAGGAAACACAGGUGCUUCUAUUAAUGUCAAGGUGAUGACUAAAGUGGGAAUUGAGAAGGUUGAGGUGGGAACAGUGGAUAGGGACCAGGCCACUACUCCAAAAGCUACUAAGUUGGAACAAGGCAAGAAGCUUGGUACUCCCUUAGAGGCAGACCAUCAUCAGAAGCUGGUAAUGAAGUUCAUCUUGCAGGAUAUGAAUGCUGGGACAACAAUGACAUCUCACCAGGCCUUUGUCCAGUUAUUGAAUAAGCAAACGAAACAGGAGAUAGUUUUUGUGGCUGAGCCAGACUCUAGCAGUGUCUACAAGUUUGAUGUUGAUCUGAACAACAAAGCUAAAGAUUUUGGAUAUAUGUCUGGUGAUUAUGAACUGAAUUUAAUUGUUGGAGAUUCUGUGAUUGCCAACCCUGUCAAGUGGUACAUGGGUGACCUAAAGCUGACUUUUCCUCCAAAUCCCAACCCCUCAAAACCAUCACAAAACCCAUAUGCACCUAAACCAGAAAUACACCAUGUGUUUAGGGAGCAAGAAAAACGACCAUCCUCAACAGUAUCUAAUACAUUUUCAGUAUUGAUAGUUGUUCCAUUUUUAUUGCUUAUAAUUUUGUGGCUGAGAAUUGGAAUAAACCUUUCAAAUUUUCCUUGCUCAUUAAGUUCUUUUGGUUUUCAUCUUGGGCUAGGAGGUAUUUUUGGAUUGUUUGGUUUGUUCUGGCUCCAACUGGAUAUGUUCACCACACUGAAGCUACUGGCUCUUUUAGGAACCUUUACCUUCUUAACAGGGCAUGGUCUGUUGUCCCAUCUUGCAGCUUCAAAGAAAUAGUUAUUAAGCUUCACUAGAUAAGUUUAUCGAUUUCCAUCAUUGGAUGACUGAGUGAACUUCAGUGGUUUGUUGAAUGGGGAUUUCAUUGUCAUGCAUUCCAUUCUGAGAAAAAAACUAGUAAUUACAAAUGAAUAAUUUGGCAAAUGUGCAUUUGUGGAGUGAUCAAGAAGUGGCUUGAAGUAAAUAAAAAAUAAAUAUAUAUA